UAUAGAGAGAGGGAGAGAUGCGCCGCGAAGAACCUCCGUCGCCGCUGCCAUGGGAAGUAGUUAUUCUGGUCUCUCAAUACUUAGACCCUUCAACGCUCGCCACGUCCUCCUGCGUCUCUAAGUCAUGGCGCACCGCCAUGUCGUCUCCAAACCUCUGGCUUCCCCUCUGCCUCUCUGUCUACCCUUCUUCCUCCCACCUCCUCUCCCUCUCCCCUCCCCCUUCCCCCCGCAUCCUCUUCUCCCUCCUCAAUCUAGCCUCCCGCCGCCUUCCCCCUCCCCCUCCUCCCUCCCCUCUCCUCUCUCUGAGUCACCUUCUCUUCACUCUCGACGUCUUCAUUUCCAAUCUCUCCACUCCCCUGCUCUCUAUCGCAAUAAAAGGUGAAGACUUGGAGAAAGAAUUUCACAACGUCUUCCACUUCGACGUCGACGUGUCGGCGGCUACUUCGACGGCGGCAGUGGCGAAGGAGGAGGACGUGAGAGUGGUCUGGAUGGUGAUGAGGAAAGAAUGGGGAGGAGCUUUCAUGAUGAUGGAAGUGAAAGGGAAGGGGAGGGAGGUGGGAGAUACAGGGCUCUGGUUUGAGGAAGAGGUUGAUGGGCCAAAGUGCUGCGCUGCGGCGGCGGAGAGAGGCGGGAUGGUGGCUGAAGUGGGGCUGGUGUUUUCCGGCGAGGAGCGGAGGAUCAUAAAGAUACGAGCGUCGUUCAUAGGUGAAUCAGAGCUUUUCAUGUCGCCCCUUUGUUGUGUAUCGUGACUGUGUAUCCAUUGCAUACCAGAUGAUGUGACACGCUCUAAUUUGCCUUUAGACGGUCUGGUCUUUGCACAUAAUAAUUUCUCUAUUUUGAG